AUGAAUUUUGAUUCUAACUCUUCAAGUUCAUCUUCAAGUUCAACUGAUGAAAUCUAUGAUCACAUGGUCAUGGAUUUUAUCAACAAGAGUCAUCGAUUACAAGUAAUGCAAAAUGCAGUACUUGUAGCUGUAAAUAAUUUAGUACAGCAAAAUGAACAAAAACGUCAAAGAAAACGAAGGAUAACUAUGCCGAGAAAUCGUGAAGCAGCUCACGACAAUUUAGUUGCUGAUUACUUUAGUGACCAACCGGUAUACGAUGAAACCACGUUUCGAAGGAGAGCAGCCAUGCGUAUGUUGGCUUAUGGUUGUUCAGCUGAUCAAGUAGAUGAAUAUCUGAAGCUCGGUGAAAGCACUGCUAGAGAAUGCCUUGAACAUAUUGUCGAAGGAGUAAUUGCUCAAUUUGCAACUGAGUACCUUCGCAAGCCAACAUUGAAAGAUAUCCAACGCCUCCUUAGAGAAGUGGAGUGGAUUUAUGGAUUUGGCACGCCUGGAUCAUGCAAUGACAUUAAUGUACUUCAACGUUCUCCGGUGUUCGAUGAUAUAAUAAAUAAUCGUGCUCCACAAGUUCUGUUCACAGUUAAUGGAAAUAGUUACAACAAAGGAUAUUAUCUCACAUAUGGGAUUUAUCCAAAAUGGUCGACAUUUAUAGAUGCUAUUGCGGCCCCACAAACCUGUAAGGAUAAAUUGUUCACUGAACGUCAAGAGAGUGCUAGAAAGGAUGUUGAGCGUGCAUUUGGUGUGUCACAAGCUCGGUUUGCAAUAUUUAGGAAGCCUGCUUUGGCAUGGAGUGUAGAGUUGAUGUGGAAAAUCAUGAUGACUUGCAUCAUCAUCCACAACAUGAUCGUUGAAGACGAGCGUGAUACAUAUUUAAACUAUAAAGAUCCACUUGAGUUCGCCCAAGAACAGCCUGGAAAUAUGCCAUGGUCGUCCUCAAUCAGAAAUGCAACAACAUUUACCGUAACUCCCGGGCAUUAUGAUCUUGAUAAUUUCGGUAGAUUGAUAGCUUCAAUAGACAAGUCCAUGUGA